AUGUCGUCGCUGAUGGCUCUGGCGGCCUCGGCGGCGUUGCUGAACUAUUCCAAUAACGUCACAAAAGCCGAACCACCGGCACCACCAUCACCCAUGGCAACCUCAGUGGCAGCAGUAUCAGCGUCCCCAUUCCAGCCGUCUUCAGAACAUCAACAGAAGAUGAAGUUCACGGGAAACAUCCGGAGGCGAGUAUCUUCGAUCCAAGCGAAGAGAAACGUCGAGUAUGUGAAGGAAGAAUCCAAGUUACCUUUGAGAUUCCAAUUCUACAAGACUUCUGCUGAGUGUGAGGGGGGUCUCAAGGAAGAAACAUCAGCUGAUAUCCUUAGCGAGGCUGAUAUACUUAGCAAGGCCAAACCCUAUGAGGUUUCAAUCGAGGCAUUUCAAGGGAGGAGAGAAACUAUGGAAGAUGAAGUGGUUGUCAACGGAGGAGGCCGCUUUGCAGCUGUAUUUGAUGGGCAUGGGGGCGGCGAUGUGUCACUGUAUUUGAAGCAGCACCUCUAUCACCUUUUCCUCCUGCGUUUGGAACAAAAGCAUUGGGAAGAAAGCGAUUCGGAUGUCCAGGAUAUUCGACUCACGACACCCUCUAUUCCAGCCUACAUGUCCGCGUUGAGGGAAGGGUUACAUUCGGUCGAAACGGAAAUUAUCAGACACCCGGAAUUGAACUUUGUGGGGAGUACGGCUGUGGCUGUAGUUCUGCACGAGAACCCAAGUGGGUAUCGAACCCUCAUAUCAGCUAAUGUGGGAGACAGCAGAGCCAUACUCUGUCGAGAUUGGAAGGCAGUUGAUCUUACCAAAGAUCACAAGCCUACUGCGGAAGGUGAGCGAAAGAGAAUUCUCAGGGCUGGAGGAAGGAUCUUCUUGGAUGACACUGGUGUGCACCGGGUCAUGAACCUUUCGCUCUCGAGGGCAAUUGGAGAUGGUUUCUCCAAGCCUAUCGUUUCGCCUGAACCAGAUAUCCGACGGUUCCGUGUGGAAGAUGAAGGAGAUGAAUUCAUCCUGUUGGCCUCGGAUGGACUUUGGGACGUCAUGUCAUCGCAGGAUGCUGUGAAUUUCGUUAGAGCCAGACUGGAUGAGGCUCAAUGCGUCGCUGAACGAAUGAGCAAAGAAGAGAAAAGAAAAAAGAUGGCCUCGACACGAGAGAACAUGGCCAGUGUGGUUGUCCAAGAAGCGAUGAAAUUGGGUUCUGCAGAUAACACGUCUGUUGCCAUGGUUUGGCUAAAGAACCCGCAAGGGCAAGAGGACGACAAGCAAGCUACAGGCAAUUGA